AUGCCCGCCCAGUCUAAUCAUCCCGACAAUCCCGUUCGACGUCUCCAGGAAUCAAUAUCACAAAUCCACCAAGUCAGGGAAUUAUGCCAAGUUCCAUCUAUCUCCUUUGGUGUGGUCCACAAAGGCAAGGCGGUAUUGCGAGAGAGUGUUGGAUACCGAGAUGCUAGGCAGAGGUUCAAGGCUGAUGCAGACACGAUCUACGUACUCGGCUCAUGUUCCAAAAUGUUCACCUCUGCUGCUGUGGGCAUCUUAGUCAAUGAAAGGAAACUUAAGUGGCAGGAUCCAAUCCGGAGGUAUCUCCCGGAGUUUAAUCCAGUUGGCGAUCCUCAGAUCGGCCAGAAUGCUGACCUUAUUGACGUUCUCCGCCACUCGACUGGUGUAACCUCUCCAGAAGCACUCUUCUUCGGGCCACGUGGGUCAAUUCUUACUAGUGAGGAGGAUAUCGUUAAGCUCCUGAAUGUAAUGCCCACAGCAAAUAAGGAGGGACAGAAAUUUAAUCGCUACUGGGAGUAUAAUAAUUUCACAUACGGGAUUAUGGCCAUGGUGGUUGAGAGAGUUACUGGCCAACGGUUUGCAGAGUUUGUUCGAGAACGAAUUUUACGUCCACUUGGGUUGAGACGAACAAUUCUGGCUAGGGCAGACAUCACGGAUGAUAACAAUGUCGCUGUUCCAUGCGCAUCACUUGAUGAUGGCGCCUUUAUUCCCCUGGAUUCCGAAUUAUGGCCAUGUGAAGAUCAUUCGCCGUUACUGGCCGCGACAGGAAUGCGGAGCACUAUCAAUGACAUGCUCAGCUGGUGUAUUGCAGUGCUUUCUGCGGAAAGAAAAGAAAAGCACUCCGAGCGCAAGGCUGCUGAUUGCCCAAGGCCACCUACACCAGCCGAGCACUUGCUCGACACACACACCAACGCCCAGGACAACCCACUAAAGCAAAUGAAUUAUAUACGCCGCGGGUACUGGACUCGACCGGCCGAGACCAUCAUUUAG